UACCGGUACUGUACAUGUUUUGAUGUUAUAUUAAUUGUCCUGGGAACACUUGGUGCCAUAGCAACCGGAUGUGCAAUCCCUCUUAAUGUCUCCAUAUAUGGGGACGUAAUAGAAAUUUUUGUCGGUUUUGCGAUAGAUUCAACAAAUUCAACACAAAACAUGACAAGACCUUCUGAGUCGGAUUUAGCUGCCCAAGUUCAGACUAAGGUUGUAUAUUUCUGUAUAAUAGCAGGAGCGACAUUUGUUGCAGCUUACAUCGCAAUAUGCUGCUGGACCUUAGUGGCUGAACGUCAACUUAACAUCAUCAGAAAGAAAUAUUUCCGAGCGGUAAUGCGCCAGGAAAUUGGUUGGUUCGAUACUCACGAAACUGGCGAAUUGAAUUCUAGAUUAUCGUCUGAUCUUCAUCUAAUAACAGAAUGUGUUGGAGACAAGAUGGCGAUUUUGAUUCAGUACGCUACCAAUUCAAUAGGUGGUUAUAUCAUGGCACUUGUUACUUAUUGGAAGCUGGCAUUAGUAACGAUGGCAUUCAGCCCGGUAGUAUUUAUUAUCACCAGCUUUGUUGGAAAGAGGCUACGAAAAAUGGCUGCAAAAGAAUCAAAGCAUUAUUCUCAAGCUGGAGCUGUAGCAGAGGAAUCAUUAAGAAAUAUUCGGACGGUUCAAGCAUUUCAAGGCCAGGAAAAAGAAGCACAGAGGUAUGAAACAAAGUUGAAAGAAGUUGAUAAAGUCAAUUCAAAGAAAGGAUUAACCAUGGGUUUAGCCCUAUCAGUGUUUUGGUCGAUAUUAUAUAUAGCUUUUUGCAUAACGUUUUGGUAUGGAGUGAAAUUGUUUCAAGAUGAAGGACUGGCAGUUGGUAAGAUUGUCCCUGUAUUUUUUGGCAUUUUGAUUGGCUCGGUGUCAUUGGGAAACGCCUUUCCAUAUAUAGAGACGAUAUCACAAGGACGUGGUGCAGCGGAUAACAUAUUUAAAAUCAUAGAUGCUACACCAACUAUAGAUGGCUCUUCUGACGUAGGAGAUAAACCGAAAGUAGAGGGGAAUAUUGCAAUCAAGAAUGUAAACUUUACGUAUCCAGCUCGCCCUGACGUACAGGUUUUGAAGAACUUCAGUUUAGACGUUGAUAAGGGAAAAGUCGUAGCUCUGGUAGGUUCUAGUGGUUCUGGUAAAUCAACUGUCAUCCAGCUUGUUCAAAGGUUUUAUGAUCCAUCAUGUGGACAGGUGUUAUUGGAUGGUAAAGAUAUUAAAACAUUAAAUGUGAAGUUCCUCAGGCAACAAAUUGGUGUAGUGAGUCAGGAACCUGUAUUAUUUGCGUCAACUAUAGAAGAAAACAUCAGAUACGGAGAUCUUAAUGCGUCUAAAGACGAGAUUAUUCAAGCAGCUAAAGAAGCUAAUGCUCACUCUUACAUUACGUCUCUUCCAAAGGGGUAUGAAACCGUAGUAGGAGAAAGAGGAGCCCAGUUAAGUGGUGGCCAAAAGCAAAGAAUAGCCAUAGCAAGAGCAUUGGUUCGAAACCCCAAAAUUCUCUUAUUAGAUGAGGCAACCUCUGCAUUAGAUCAUGAAAGUGAAGCUGUUGUCCAAAAUGCUUUAGAAAAGGCUGAAGCCGGAAGAACAACCAUCGUUAUAGCACAUCGUUUAUCAACAGUUAGAAAUGCUGAUGUUAUAGCUGUAGUAAGCGACGGUGAAAUAGUUGAACUGGGUAAACAUAGCGAGUUGAUGGAGAAACAAGGAACGUAUUAUAACCUGGUUAAAACACAGGUAAGUGAAGCAUCUAAGAAAGAUAAAGACUCUGACUCUGAUAAAGAUAAAGAUGGUGAUUUAGCGCUAAGACCGAGUUUAAAGCGAGUUACCAGUAUAACAAGUGAGAAACAACAAGAUGUAACGACAAAGGAGGUUGAAGAAGAUAUACCUCCUGCAAGCUUUAUGAGAAUAAUUAGGUUAAAUUCACCGGAAUCAAUGUUUAUUACUUUGGGUACCAUAGCAUCUUUUAUAGCUGGUUUCAACCAUCCUGCUUUUGCUUUUAUAUUGUCAGAAUAUAUACGGGUAUCAUUUUUCACAAAUUACUAUAAUAAUACAAAAAUGGCUGAUAUAAGAGAGUCCAGCUACUUAAUAAUUAUGUUUCUAAUUAAGGGUCCACUGUGGAUUAUAUAUAUAUAUUGUAUUUGUUUACAGAAUGUAUGUUUGACAAAGUCUGGGGCGAGAUUAACUUCAAGAAUAAGAAAACAAGUGUUCAGAUCUUAUCUUAAACAGGAUAUGGAAUUUUUUGAUAUGCCAAACAACGGAGUUGGAAUUCUUUCCACAAAACUUGCCUCUGAUUCUACUCUAGUCCAAGGGGCCACGGGAUCAAAGAUUGGACAGGUUGUAGAAAAUGCUACGUUAUUGUUGGUAUCUCUGUGUAUGGCUUUUUACUAUGGUUGGAAAUUAACUUUUGUUAUACUGGCAUUUAUACCAGUAAUGAUUUUAUCAGGGGUCAUACAGGGUCGAAUGACUAGUGGUUUUAGUAAAGCCGACAGUAGCCACUUAGAUAAAGCUGGAAAGAUCUGUUCAGAGGCGGUUGAUAAUAUAAGAACUGUGACGUCAUUAACAAGAGAAGACAUUUUCUUACAAAAAUACGAAACUUUGGUUCAUCAAGUAGAGAAAAAUGGUAAAAAGCAUGCCUUUAUAUACAGUAUUUUCUACGCAUUGGCACAGAGCAUCAUAUUUUUCGCUUAUGCUGCAACGUUUGCUUAUGGAAGUAUUCUGGUACAAGAAGGAGAAAUGCCAUUUUUUGCAGUUUUCAGAGUGUUUACGGCAAUUGUUUUUGGUGGAAUGGUAAUUGGAAGACAGUCAGCUUAUGCAUUAGAUUAUUCUAAAGCUAAAGUGGCCGCUGCUAGACUAUUUCAAGUAAUAGACAGAGUUCCUGUUAUAUAUUCCACAAACAGUUCUGGAAAAACAUUUGAUAAAUAUGAAAGUAUUUUAGAAAUAAGCAAUAUAACAUUUAACUAUCCGUCACGUCCAGAUGCCCAAAUUUUGAAAGUAUUUACUACUAUUAUUAAUCCGGGUGAUACUGUAGCUCUAGUAGGCCAUAGUGGUUGUGGUAAAUCAACUGUGAUACAACUUAUACAGAGAUUUUACGACCCACUUCAAGGACAAAUAAAAAUAAAUUCAACAGAUAUACGAGAAACUAAUAUACAAUGGUUGAGAUCUCAGAUUGGUAUAGUAUCUCAAGAACCAAUGUUAUUUGAUUUAAGUAUCAAAGAUAAUAUAGCCUAUGGUGACAACAGUAGAGAAAUACCAAUGCAAGAAAUUAUAAUUGCAGCUAGAAACGCUAAUAUUCACACUUUUAUAGAAAGUCUACCGCAGGGGUAUGAAACAAAUGUUGGAGAUAAGGGAUCACAAUUAUCAGGGGGUCAGAAACAGAGAAUAGCAAUAGCACGAGCCUUGAUAAGAAAUCCUAAAAUAUUAUUAUUAGAUGAGGCUACAUCAGCUUUAGAUACACAAAGUGAAAAGGUUGUCCAGGAAGCUUUAGACAAAGCAAGAGAAGGCCGAACUUGUAUUGUUAUUGCACAUCGUCUGUCAACCAUCCAGUCAGCCGAUAAAAUUAUAUUCGUACGUCAUGGCAAGGUGGAAGAGGCUGGAACACAUUCACAAUUAAUGGAACUUAAAGGUGCUUAUUAUAGACUCCAUCAGGCACAAAAUAGAUCUAAAUCUUAGGAUUUUCCCUAGCAGAGAUUUUGUUACUCGUUUUUUUAUAUGGUAGAAUUAUUUGUUAUUGAUGAUCUGACGAAACACUAUGCAACGCAACAGUAUUCUGUACUGUUCUAGUAAGUCGUCUUAACAUGAGGAAUUAUUGGAUAUUUAUUGAUUUUACAAGAUAAAAAAAAUUGGAUAUUUAUUGCUACGUAAUUUUCUUUUUUGAGUAAAUCCUUAAUAGUUCCUUCCUUGUAAAUCCAUUAUAUUUCCUUGUAAUUCCAUAAUGUCUUUCAAUAAAUCAAUUACAUUUUCAGUAAAUACAGUAUGCUUUUCAGUCAGUCCAUAAUGUUUUUUUAUUGAUAUAAAUUGAUUAUGUUUCUUUGUAAAUCCAUAAUAGUACCAUGUAAAUCCACAACAUUUACUUGAAAAUUCAUAUUUCCGUGUAAAUCUAUAUUUCUUUGUAAAUCCAUAACAGUUUCCUUGUAAAUCCACAAUAUUUUUCAAGUAAGUCCAUACAGCUGAAUAUUGAAUAAAAUAAAUUGGAAUGUAGU